UGCAUGUGUGUGCCUCUCUGGGGGUGCCUAUAUGUGUUCGUGGGUCUGGUUGUGCCAGCGUGUUUCUGUGCCUGUCCUGAUGUGUCUGUCUGGAUGUGCAAAGGGGUGAGUGUGGACCUCUGGGCACACGUGUCUCUGUGUUUGUGUGUAUGUGAGUCCCUACGUGGGUGUGAGCACUUCAGGUGUGCAGCUCUUUGUAGGAGUUUGUAAGCUGAUGCAUGAGUACCUGGACGUGUGUGUGAGGGGGAUGCAUUUGGCUGCGUGUGUAUAUUUGGGAAGGUGUGAAUCCUGGGUGUGCACAGACGUGUGAGGGUGCGUUCAUGUCUUCCCCUGUACGUGCGUGUGUGAAGGGGCACCGCUGGCUGUGUGUGUCUGUGUAACGGGUGUGGGUGUGUGUCUGUCCAUGGGGUCUGCAGCACUCGGGGUGGGGGUGCCGCCGUAACUCGGCGCCUGUGGGGCUGUCCGUGCCAGGGAGGGCAGCGUGUCCCCGGCUGUGCCCGCACGGCCGUGCCGGUGCCGCGGGGCUGUGCGCUCCCGCCCCGCCUGCCCGGCCCCAGCCUCUGUCCCCGCAGCACGUCGAGGCGGCGAUGAGGCUCCCGCUGGCUUUCGCCGUGCUCCUCCUGGCCUCGUCGCAGGCGUUGGGCGAGGAGAUGGGAACAGCCGACGACCUCAGCUACUGGUCCGACUGGUCCGACAGCGACCAGGCGAAGGAGGAGCUGCCGCUACCCCUGGAGCAUUUCCUGCAGAGGAUGGCCCGGAGACCCCGGCCCCAGCAGUUCUUCGGCCUCAUGGGCAAGCGGGAUGCCGGAUAUGGCCAGAUCUCUCACAAAAGGCAUAAAACAGACUCCUUUGUUGGACUUAUGGGCAAAAGAUCUUUAAAUUCUGGGUCCUCUGAAGGCAGCAUAGCACAGAAUUAUGAACGGAGGCGUAAAUGAGACAUCCCCAUGUGUUAUUUAUUAAACUCCAUUUGUUCUAAUGGUCAAUGCAGUGUAAUAUAAACUAACCACUGUAUGAAAUAAUUAUUUAUUUAAUAACUGAAGGGGUUUGGUUUUUUGAGUUGUACAUUCAAUAAAAUUAUUAUUUUUCAUAUUGUGGCAGUGACAUGUGUUGUGUAGGUGUGUUGUGGUUCUGAAAGGACCAGCAACCCUGGUGAUGUCUCACAACAAAGCACAUUGUUUGAUAUAACCUACGAAGUUGUUUACUAAACAAGCAAGUAUUCUUUUGUUCAUUGAAAGCAAGUCUAUCAGCUUCACAGCUAGUGCAGAACAGAACUGAUGUUCAGUCUAGUGCCUCAAUUUGUUUUCAUGGUUUAUAAUGUACUGUAAUUUCUGUAUCAAAAAAUAUAUUUGUAUCAUUACAGCAUGUUUUAUGUUCUGUGAUUAUGUAUCAAUAUAUUUUAAAAAGGGGGGGUAAAGCUUGAAUGGGAAUCCAAGGUCUUCAUUUCAUAGUCUGGAAUUUUAUGAUAGUAACAUUUUAAAUAAAAACUUCUCUGGGGCUUUUGCAACAUACUUCCUUUGAUGAUAGUGAUGGAGUUAUUUCCCAUGUUGGUCUGAAACAAGAUUUGGAUCCAAGCAACAGUGGUCUGAGACUGGAAAAGAAUAUUAAAUUAUUUUCUUUCUUGCAGGGAGGCUGUAAGCCUCCUCAUCUGUGUUUGGUGAAUGUUUAAGGGAUUUGUUACUGAAGACAGGAGUUCCUGGGAUAGCUCCAGGUCACACAAGGUGCCAUUUUUUUAAACCUGAUGAAAAUCAUGAAGCAUGCUAACUGAAUGGAAGGAGCAUGAUGUAUUCCCAGCUCCAAGGGGAAUAAUUUGCUGUGGAAUUAAUCCAGUUUUGUAGGCUUAUUUGAAAACCAAGCUCUUAAUAAAUUUU